AUGUACUCACAAAUUAGAGACCACCCGUCAGGGCCCAUCCCUAGCCCUACGAGCACCGUAGAUGCAACAACCAUCUAUCUUGCUCUAAGUGCGUUCAUCGUUGUGUAUGGACUCUCGUCAAUUAUUUACAAUUUGUUCUUUCACAAGCUCUCCUACUUUCCCGGUCCCCUGUUAGGAAGAGCCAGUUUGUUAUGGCGCAUAUACCACACUCAACGUGGCCGAAUUCACUUGGCCAUUGCCGACCUACACCGCAAAUACGGUCCCGUGGUUCGGAUAUCUCCAAAUGAGCUCUACUUCUCAUCCGUCGAGUCAUGGAAAGCCAUUUAUGGCCAUAGAGCCUCUGGUCUACCGACUCCAAUCAAAAGCGAGUUCUACGACAUAUAUGGUGCAGGUUUCAGCUCGCUCUGUAUUGGUAGUGAACGCGACCCCACGAAACACGGUAAAAUGCGCAAGAUGCUCUCUGCUGCCUUUGCGACGAAGUCGUUGGUGGAGCAAGAAGAUAUCAUUUCCAAGGCGGUGGACGAGUUCAUUGGGCGCAUUGGACGCGACGGUGGUCCAGAUUCCCCAGGGUUAAAUAUGACCAAGUGGUAUGAGAUGGUCGCAUUCGACAUCUUGGGGGAAAUGGCGUUCGGCCAGUCGUUUCAAAGUGUUCGCUCUGGGAAACUACAUUUCUGGUCUGAGAUAAUCGUUAGCCAUCUUUACUUCAUUACGCUGAUUGAUAAUCUGCGUCGUUUGCCACUUGUUGUGCCUUUGGCUAGGUUGCUGUGGCCCUCUACCGUGGCUGUCCGUAACAAGAACUCUCAAUAUAGUCGGCAAAAGGUCAGGGAACGGUUGGAAAAGAGCUCAACGCGAAAAGACUUCUUAUCCACGGUCGUCAGCGAGUAUAAGCAAGGCAAUAUCGGCAAGGAAGAAAUGACAGCCCAUGUCUCAACAUUGACAAUUGCUGGCGGCGAGACGGUUGCUACUUUCCUAGCAGCGGCCACAUACUACCUCCUUCAAAACCCAGAGUGCUAUCAAAGGCUACAACAAGAGAUUACCAAUCGAUUCGGUUCAUACGGUGAGAUCACGGCUACUGCAGCACGGCAGCUUCCAUAUUUGCAAGCAGUGAUCAAUGAAGGCCUGAGGAUCUACGCACCUGGUUCACAGGGAUUUCCGAGGCUGUCGCCAGGAAUGCACGUGGGUCAAUACUACGUUCCACGCGGUGCGGAGAUUUACACAAGUGCAUGGACAGUCACCCACAGCGAAGAAUAUUUUUCCGAGCCCAUGUGUUUCAAGCCAGAGCGUUGGCUGGAUCCCGAAUCAACCGAUGUGAAAGAGGCUAGUCAGCCAUUCUCCAUGGGACCACGGGGCUGUUUAGGCCAGAAUUUCGCAUACAUGGAAAUCAAUUUAAUUCUAGCUAAGAUAAUGUGGAAAUACCAUCUCUCGCUGGUAAAUCCGGCUCUAGACUGGGAGGGAGAUAGUCGGCUGCAUGUUAUGUGGUGGAAACCUGCAUUAAUGGUUCGCUUCCAAGAGCGCAGUUUGGCGUAA